AGCUGUUGUUCCAUAGGCGGUGCUGUUCCGGGACUGAGAGAAGAGAGACCGGAGAGAUACUCAUCUGUUCAAGAGGGUCAAAUAUAUACAUAGAUACAUAUAUACGUAACAAUUCAUCAUUUUUAAAAGACAUUUCUCUUCAACACGACGGUUAGAGGAUUGUAUUGUCGCGGAGAUGAAAUGAGCGAAACGACGUUGGGCUUGUGUUUAAGGUCAGUUAUCAUGCAGUGAGAGGGGCUGGCGUGUGGUUCCUGAUCCUGCUAUCCCAUGCCCACAGUGCCAGACUGAGGUGCUCUUUCAGGGGCCUCUCUUGCUCCCUCGGUGCCCGGAGCCAUGGAGCAUACGCGGGAGAAGGAGAGCGAGCGGCCGGCUCGGAACACUAAGACUGCUCAGAGCCGCAACACACACUCUCGUCCGUCUGGCUCUGGCUCGUCCGGUGUGCUGAUGGUCGGCCCAAACUUCCGCGUGGGGAAGAAGAUCGGAUGUGGAAACUUUGGGGAGCUGAAGCUUGGCAAGAACCUAUACACCAAUGAGUAUGUUGCAAUAAAAUUGGAACCUGUGAAGUCGAGGGCGCCACAGCUACAUUUGGAGUACCGUUUUUAUAAAACCCUGGGCAGCACAGUGGAAGGGUUGCCACAGGUGUACUACUUUGGCCCAUGUGGGAAGUAUAAUGCAAUGGUUCUGGAGCUGCUAGGUCCCAGUCUGGAGGACUUGUUUGACCUGUGUGACCGAACAUUCUCCUUGAAGACGGUCCUCAUGAUUGCAAUUCAGCUGAUAACUCGGAUGGAAUACGUCCACUCAAAAAACCUCAUCUACCGAGACGUCAAGCCAGAAAAUUUCCUAAUUGGGCGUCAGGGCAGUAAAAAGGAGCACAUCAUCCACAUCAUUGACUUUGGUCUUGCAAAAGAAUAUAUCGACCCAGAGACCAAAAAACACAUUCCUUACAGAGAACACAAGAGCCUGACUGGCACAGCACGUUACAUGUCCAUCAACACACAUUUAGGAAAAGAGCAAAGUCGGCGGGAUGACCUGGAAGCACUCGGCCACAUGUUUAUGUACUUCUUGCGGGGUAGUCUGCCGUGGCAGGGGCUGAAGGCAGACACGUUGAAAGAACGUUAUCAGAAAAUUGGAGACACCAAGCGAAACACUCCCAUUGAGGUUCUCUGUGAGAACUUUCCAGAGGAGAUGGCUACGUAUUUGCGCUACGUACGGCGGUUAGAUUUCUUUGAGAAGCCAGAUUAUGAGUAUCUAAGGACUCUCUUCACUGAACUAUUUGAAAGGAAAGGAUAUACAUUCGACUACACAUACGACUGGGUCGGUAGACCGAUUCCGACACCAGUCGGGUCAGUUCAUGUGGAUUCAGGAGCCUCUGCUAUCACUAGAGAAUCCCACGCCAACAGAGAAAGACCUUCACAACAUCAGCCACUGCGGAACCAGACGGUCAGCUCGGAGCACAGGGGAGCAUGGGACACGCAACCUCAUCGGCACACCAACCUGUCUUACCUGAGCUCAUAUAUGGCUUCUGACCGGCAUGGGGGCUCUGCACAGGUGAUCAGCUCAACCAACGGGGAGCUGAAUGCAGACGACCCUCUGGUAGCUCAUUCCAACGCACCAAUAACAACGCAGGCAGAAGUGGACGUGGUGGAUGAGGCCAACUGCGUGAAAAUGCUCAACUUGUGGUGCUGCUGCUUCUUCAAGCGUAAAAGGAAGAAGAGUUCUCCGAGGCACAAAUGAGCCAAAAUAUUCCUCUCCUUGUUUUCACUGCACUGCUGAUGUGAGCCUUUCCAUGGAGACGCAUUUACAGCUGGAAAUUUUCAAGGCCAAUACAUACAGUACAUACAGUGGCCCUGCAAGAAUGUUAAGCUUCUUAACAGUCCAGAGGCACCUGGACAGGACUGUCUCCCCUUUGCACUCUCUUAUUUUGCCGUUUCAUCCUGAUACUCCUUUAUUUAUGUAUUUUAAUGUUUUUAUGGAUGUCUGUCCCUAUGAGGAGCCAGUUAGUAGAGGACAGUCAUGCUGCAUUUCUUCCUGAAGGGUUGUAUUUUGCUAUGAACAUUUGUAUUUGAACUUUUCCCAAAUAUUCAACCAUUUCAAGGACAUUUCUUGCUCUUGUGCUUGGCCGGUUUAUUGUUCUUGUUUUCUUUACUUUUCUUAUGUCUAUUUUCCCCAUGCUUUUGGACAGAGAGGAAUUUAUCGCCUGGUGGUACCUCGACUCAAUAGCACAGAUUACUUCCACUUCGCUGCAGUUUUCUUUGAUAGAUUCUGUGCAGUUUGAAUAUAAAUGCCAAUUUACUGUAUGCAUCCUGCCUUACUUACACCCAUAAACACAUAAGCACUGUGUCGUCACAAAAAUAACUCAUUUAAUGCAGAGUUCAAAACUCCACAACACAAUAACAGUCACAAUGAAAAGAAUGUGUUACACUGAAGACAAAUAUUAUUGCAUGUAAAAGUGCAAUACAUACGUUAGUAUGUAAACGCGUAUGAAUCUCUAAAGGGGUUUUGCAUAGAUGACUGGCUUGCGAAGGAUUUUGUCCCCGAAGACCAAAAUCUAAAUGAGGAAAAAAGAAAAAAAAUUUACUCGAUAUAUUGACGUAUUUAUCCUGAAGGUAUUUGUGGCAUGUAAAAUGUUUGAUUAGGUAACCAAAAGCCAUAUUUCAUGGAACUGUGUAUUUAAUCGUAUUGUAGUUUGCAUGAUCCAAUCCAUUGCUUCUCUUAAUACAUUUACAGCAGGGUGUAAACGAGAAAGCCCAAAUCAGUACCACUCAUUUUAGCUUCAGCUUGCAAAGCAUAUUUGCAAUGUGCAGUUAUAUAGAAACCUUCAGCUUUGAAAGUGCAAUACCCAUUCCCAAAGUCUUAAAGGUUACAAUUCUCCAUUACCACUUUCUGUUUUUCCCCCAUUUUUUUUUUUCUUAGUGUUUUCAUAUAUUUUCAAAUUAUGGAAGAUAUAGAAGACUGUUUCCCCACAGAUGAGGCCAACAGUUGAAAUUUUAUAGCAGGUUUAUGUAUAUUUAUGGUUUCUGUAACGUGGGUUUGUGCAUUUAGAAGGAAGGUGUCGUUCUUUCACAUUGUCAGGUCUCUUCUCUCAUGUCCCCUGCUGAUGAUACUGUGUAAUGCCUUGAAUACAGAGCUGCAUACACACUAGUCAGAUCAUUACCGUUAUUAUACCUGGGUAAAAAUAUCAGACCGAUAACUUUUAUAGGUUCAGACUAGCUCCUAUCCUACCUAUAUUAAUGCUGAGAUGGACUGCAAGCCUGUCAUAACUUGAUGUGCGAUUUACCUGUAACUAAUUAUACUGAAUCAUUAUUGGAUGUAAAGAGCGUUUGUCUUAAUUCCCACGAUGCUACAGAGAUGUUGGGUAUUGGGUAAACAGUGUUCAGGUUCUUUGCACCUUGACAUACUUGAGUGUUUAAGAGAAAGCUAAAUUAACCUUUCUAUUAAAUACAUUGUUUUCGGGAUUAAUACAUCUAUUUUUUUAUUUUUUUAUUACGUUAUAUUUCUGCUUUAGUCUUCAAGCUAGCUUUUGUUUGGGUGAAUGUUUCUUCAUGUGUAAUCUAACAAACAGCUGCCUGUUUAUAGCAUUAAUUCUAUUGCAGAACUUUUGUACUGUAACUGCUUGCUUUUUGUUUGUUUUGUUUUUUUUAUGUUCGGUUUUUGAAUAUGGAUUAAUAAUUGCGGCCUAAAUGAUGGACUUUUCUCAGAUUUUGCCUUUAAACAAAAUGAACAUUUAUUUUGUAUUUAAUGAACCAUGCCUCAAAUGGGAAAUUUGUGUGUUUUCUGUGCAUUUACAGUGCAUAUGAGUGUAUGUGGUCACUUUAUUUGUAAUUUUAUUGAUUGUGAAUAUUUUUGUUUCAUUUAUUCGGAGAACACUAAGGUCUCCACGGCACCUCCUGGUGGGGUGAAUGACUGGAUCUUUGCUUUUCUCCUAAAUUAGCCAUAUAUGGUUAAAAAAAAAAAAAAAUAUAUAUAUAUAUAUAUAUAUAUAUAUAUAUAUAUAUAUAUAUAUAUAUAUAUAUAUAUAUAUAUAUAUAUAUAUAUAUAUAUAUAUAUAUAUAUAGGUGUGUGUAUAGUAUAUGUUUAAUAAUUAUUUGUGCAUAAUCGUUUAAGUUAUAUCUGUUUGGACAUUGACUGAACCAGUGUUGAAAUCAUUGUAUUAGCUGGAUGUCUUCAUAAACAAUCUUAGACUAGGUGACAUAGGACCAGAUUUCCAUUGUGUGUGUUUAUUUUAGUCAUGUAUGGGUGAUACUGAAACUGAUCAUACACUGUUAUGCUCAGAAUUUGUUUUAGCUUAUAUUAUUAUUAAUAGAAGCAUUUUAUCUUUACAUUUAAGAUUUGAUUUGAGUUUUUGUGGGGCAGAAGGAUUACAGUAGUGUGACUGUAACUUUGCCUUUGUGCCCCAAGCCAGUAUCUGCUUUGAGUCAUAUAAAUACUGGUUCACUGGGGCAUUCUGGGAAACUUGUAUUUCAACCUGUCUUUUCUUUCUGUGCCACUGGUUCCAGCACCAUCCACAUCUAUCAUGAUUUGUGUUUUGUCAACGAGUUGACACUUGUUUACGUUUGCUGUUUUAAUUCCUGAGUGCAAUGUACACUUGUGCUCACGUACAAAACGAAUGCCCUACAGAAACGACGGCACGUUUAAAGAUCAUUCCUUACGAUUAAUCAUCUUUCCUCAAAGCUACAGUCUUAAACCAUAUGGUCUGGUUCCCUGUACACACAUUAUGCCUUAUUCAAAGAAAAACAUUUUUUAAUGAAACAACAAGUGACACAAGUCUGGAAACUAAGAUAAAUGUAUCAUUGUCUCAUGAUUAAAAAACGGAUUAUUUCACAUUUAGCUUGAGAGAGAGGCACAUUCUCUUGUUUAAUCUGCCAACCACAGAUAUGAUGGAACUGAAACCACUAAUGAUACCACAUUGAGAUCAGUCAGAACCUGUCCAGUUGUAAAUUAUGUAAAAUACUGAAUUGUUUGAUGGUCUCAUGAUGAAAAUGAAGUCUAUUACAGAGCUGGGUUUUAUUUUAUCCCUGGUUUGAGCUGUAUAAAGCAAGCCUAAACAGAUACAUGAAAGUUAACUUGAACAUUAAGGGAUGAUGAUGAUGAUGAUGAUUUUCACAGACAAUUUCCCCCCACUAUUUCGACUUUGUCUUGGACUAAAUGCUGUUAAUGAGGAUUUCUAACAAGAAGCGUUGUUCAUGUACAGUGGUAUCAGGGCUUAAUGUGUGUCUGGAUAAAACAGGCUCCUAAAAUGUAUUAUUAAUAUUGUGUUACAAUGUUGAAUGUCAUUUCCAAAUUUUAUCCUUAUGCUUUAACUGUGCUAAAGGGCUCCAGUUGUGAAGAAUCCAUUAGUUUUUGAGAUUUAGAGAUCACAUUUUUGUGUUCGGACAGACAGGCAGCCUCUCUGUGUAAUGGCCAUUGUUUAGAGGCACAGACAAACACUUUUUAUUCCUUCAACCCAGAAGGGUAGCUCAAGUUUGGACCCUUUUUUAAUGUAAAAUAAUAAUAAUAAAAAAAAAUCUCUCUCUUACCCUUCA